AUGCCGGGCGUCGUUGAGGUACCAGCGGUACCGACGGCGCCACCCUUCAGGCGUGAUUUCAGUGUUGGGCAACAAAAGGUGGAGCUGGAGAUUGACUUUGUGAACAAGAGUCUGAAAGGAAGCACCGAGAUUACCCUCUAUCCGAGCCGCGUUGACCUCCGGACGAUUCACUUGAACUUCCGCCAGGGAGAAAUUAAGCGCCUCACAGUCAACGGAAAAGCCGCGACAUUGAAAUAUGUCGACCCCUACGAAAACCUUCAUUUGUACGGACCCCAGUACCACGAGCGCCUCACUCGAACAGUCGAUGGCCUUUUGAAAACCCCGCCAGAUCCCCAGCUCGAGAUCCCGAUCCCGAAGAGCGUGCACAUCAGAGAAUUGGACUCGCGGUCCGCGGAGGCUCGUGAGCGCAUUGCCUUGCAGGGAGCUGGGGAAGAUGUCGAUGGAUCGUCAGGAAGCAAAGCGCCAGAGAGCAACCUACCUCAGUUUUCGGCCGUCGUGGUCCAUAUUGAAUUCGUGAUUGAUCGCGUUCGGGAUGGCCUGCAAUUCGUCGGCGUGGAUAGCGGAGACCGUCGGUAUCCGCAUGCAUUCACUACCAAUUCCCCAGAAUCGAGCGUUGGGUGCCCGCUGUUCCCUUGCGUGGAUGACCCUUCAUCGCGUUGUGUCUGGGAGAUCUCGAUUUCGUGUCCCGCCUCGCUGGGCGAUGUUUUCGACCGCAAGCCUACAAGUUCGAAUGCCCGAUCAAAGGUCCAGAACCGAUACAUCUCCGCUGAUGAUGGAGGAUUGGACAUGUCUGUCGUAUGCUCUGGUGAACUGACGGAUGAUAUCACCGACCCCAAGGACUCGACAAGGAAGACGGUCUCGUUUGCAUGCUACACCCCUCUCUCUGCUCAGCAGAUUGGCUUUGCGGUUGGACCUUUCGAGUACGUCAACCUCGCAGACUUCCGCGAGAGUGACCAGGAUGAACAGUUGGGACAAAAUGCAAUUCCUGUACAUGCCUUCUGUCUUCCGGGCCGAGCCGAUGAAGUCCAAAACACAGGCUUUCCAAUGGCUCAGGCUAUUGAUUUCUUCUCUCUAUCAUAUGGUUCAUAUCCUUUCUCCAGCUACAAGAUGUGCUUUGUGGACGAUCUCGCGACCGAGACCUUGCCCACCGCAGGAAUGUCAAUCUGCAGCAGCCAUCUUCUCUUCACAGCGGAUAUCAUCGACCCGAUGUACGACUCAACUCGUGCUCUUGUACAUGCUCUGGCAUGCCAAUGGAGUGGCAUCAAUAUCAUUCCCAAUGAGCCCGCGGACACCUGGGUCACCGUCGGUGUAGCAUGGUUCGUGACCGAUACAUUCAUGAAGAAGCUGUGCGGUAACAACGAAUACCGAUACCGGUUGAAGCAGUCUUCUGACAGAAUAUGCGAGUUGGACUACGAGCGCCCUUCGAUCUACGAUAUGGGCAAUUUCUUGAAAAUUGACCCAUCGGAAUAUCGAUUCAUUGCACUAAAGGCACCGUUGGUCCUCUUCAUUCUUGAUCGCCGUCUGACCAAGGCAAGUGGAAAGGCCACGAUGUCCCGCAUUAUCUCUCGGCUUUUCCUCAACUCGCGCAUGGGGGACAUUCCCAAUGGUGCAGUGACAUCUGCCAUGUUCCAAAGGUUAUGUGAACGAUUCGGCCACGCAAAGUUGGAUGUCUUCUUCCAGCAGUGGGUGUAUGGCGCUGGAUGUCCACGGUUCCAAGCGACACAACGAUUCAACAAGAAGAAGCUGGUAGUUGAAAUGAUGAUCAGACAAGUCCAGUCCGACCAACCAUCUGCACGGGACCUAGACAAAGAUGCCUUCUUGCGUGAUGUCAAGGAAGAGAUUCGACAUGUCUAUGCAGGCCCAAUCCAGCCUGUUUUCACCGGAUCAAUGACUAUCCGAAUUCACGAGGCUGACGGUACUCCAUACGAGCACAUUGUGGAGAUCAAAGAGGGCGUCACAAAAUUCGACAUCCCUUACAACACCAAAUACAAGCGACUCAAGCGCAACAAGAAGCAACGGGAGCGUGCGGUGGCAUCUGGGGAUGCUGAGACACAAGAAGAUGUUCUCUUGUAUUGCCUUGGUGAUGUUCUUCAGACCGAAGAGGAGACCCAGGCCUGGCGCUUGGCAGACUGGACCAAAGAAGACGAAGAGCGAAUGGGGCAAGAGUCGUAUGAGUGGAUUCGCAUGGAUGCAGACUUCGAGUGGCUCUGCAGAUUGUCCCUUGGCAUGCCCGGUUACAUGUAUCUGUCGCAGCUUCAGCAAGACCGAGACGUCGUUGCUCAGCUGGAGUCUCUUCAGUACAUGGCAGCUCAACGAGAGCAUCCUUUAAUUUCCACCAUUUUCGUUCGAACGCUCAUGGACAGCCGGUACUUCCACGGGAUUCGUGUUACCGCAGCGAAGGCACUCAUCAAGCACGCAAAGGACGAGGUGGAUUGGAUUGGAUUGUAUCACCUGGAGACAGCGUUCCAGGAGCUCUUUUGCUUGCCUGGUUCCCCGAUGACACGAUCCAAUGACUUUUCCGACCGGGCGGCCUACAUUCUUCAACAGGUGAUUCCUGAUGCCAUCUCACAAGUGCGCGACAACGGCGGCAAGACCCCUUUGCGGGUAAAGCGUUUCCUAUUUGACAAGCUAAAGUUCAACGACAAUUCGAAUAAUGAGUAUUCGGACAACUUCUACGUAGCUUCUCUGAUGCGCUCGCUUUGCCAUGCAAUGCUAGGCAGAACCGAGCCCCGACCUGAGGAUGAGUUGUCUCAGUUCGAUAUGGAACGUGUCAUCGAGGCUCAAGCCGAAGAACAGCUAGAAAAAGACGCAAUCGCCGAGUUCGAUCGUUAUCGCCGAAUGGAUGAAUGGUCUAGCUCAUUCCAGAAUCUCUACGCUCGCGCAGCCUUGGAAUGCCAGGUGCAACUCAUGCAGGCUAACGUUCUGGAAGUUGAUCUGAUGCGCUUCAUCCCUUACACUCGUUCUGGCACUUACGACCUCCUUCGAAUCCGGGCUUUUGAGUGCCUUGUCGAUCUCGACAUUGCUAAAAACCAUGAUCUCUUCCGAUGGCUCAUUUUCACGAUGACAAGUGACUCGUCGGCUUAUGUUCGUCAUCAUUGCCAACGACUCUUCGGGCGUGCACUGGCGCAGGUUGCUUUUGGCCAGGCCCCACAAACGGAACCAGUCCAGACCGGUGGUUUGAUCAUCGAGCAGGAAUCAUCCACCGAAGUCCGUCAAGCCGAUCUUGCACGCCGGCAGACGGUGCCUGGUGCCAUCGAAGCUCUGAAGAAAGAGAUGUCUGGGGAACCAUCUCUACGUGACUACAUGUGGGCCGCGUGCAACUCCACCGCCAUUGGAGUACACGAGCUUUCUGAGCUCACCGACGUGUGCAGCAUUCUAUUCGAUCCCGUUACGUCUAAAAUCGCCAAAUUAAAAUACCCUCGAUUCUGGAAAGUCCAGCAUCUGGGCCACGGCCAACUUCGGUUCUACAAAUCCAACCAAGUCCGUACCAGUCUGGGACCCUCGAAGGACAGUGCCAAACGCAAGCGCGAAGAGCAGGGCAUGCAGCCUCCUGCUCCACGUAUCACUUUCAAACAAUCCAAGCCGAGUGUCGCCCCCAGCACCCCAUCCACUCCCUCAGCCUUCCCCAAGAUCUCUAUCCCCGCUAGCGUACCCCGCGCAGCUACGAGUACGCCGAUCUCCGCUACUCCAUCCACCCCAGCAAGUGGUGGUGGGCUCAAACUAAAGCUCAAGUUUGGGCAGAAGAAAUGA